CUUGCGAGCGUCGAGCCGUGUAAAACAAGUUAUGACUACGUAGAGACAGAUACGAAGUGAGUUUAGCGGGAACUCUCUGCCUGACUCGGCCGGCGGACGGCAACCGCGCUGGGGGUCUCGACGUCGUUCGACACAACUAUACGAAAGUCGCGAUGUGCCAAAUAAUAACUGGGAGACAGUGAAUUGGUGCGAUAACACGAUUUAUAACACGAAUUUAUUACGAACGGUGAGCACUAUGGCUGAAGUUAGGUGCGCUAGUGUUUUAUUUAUGUGCAUUUUAUAUAGUGUCACAAGUUUUAACCUGGAACCGAGGAUUCCUGUGAUAAAGUUCGGAGAGCCAGGCUCUUAUUUUGGAUUUUCUGUUGCGGAACACCUCACCAUCAACGGUGAUGGAUCAAACAUAAGUUGGUUGCUGGUCGGAGCUCCUCUGGGUCAAAAUCUACAACCGAACACCACCAGGUCAGGAGCGCUGUGGAAAUGCAGCGUAUCUUCAACCCCGACUGACUGCAUACAGAUCAUCACUGAUGGCAAAAGGACGAAGUACGGCAAGAUAGACACGAAUUUGGAUUCUGAUCACCUGACUGCUCCUUACUCGGAUGAGAUCAAGGAAGGACAAUGGCUGGGAGUGUCUGUGAGGAGUCAGGGUCCUGGGAAAAAGGCCGCCGUGUGCGCUCACAGAUAUAUUCGUAAACAGGGAGAACUGCAAUUCGGCCAAGGUCUGUGUUAUACUCUGAGCAAUGAAUUGGAACUGGUGGAUGUCAUGGAACCUUGUAGAGGACGAUCCGUUGUCAGAGAACACGAGGAAUACGGUUUCUGUCAGGUUGGAACCAGCAGCUCUCUAUUGGAUGACGACACUUUACUCAUGGGUAGUCCAGGGCCCUAUACCUGGAGAGGAACUAUCUUCGCCCAGGAUACCAGAGAUGAUGUACUGGAAAGAGAUAAUGUGGUCUACAUGGCACCUGUUCAGGAUGGUGCCAGUCCUGUUGAGAAGUACAGCUAUUUGGGCAUGUCAGUAUCCAGUGGUAAUUUCUUCGGAGGUGACAAAGCCUCCUACGUGGCAGGGGCACCUCGAGCGCAUGGUACUGGUCAAGUGGUGAUCUUCAGUAAGCUGGCUACAGAGGACUGGGGCAGAACUGACCUUAAUAUUCUGAACUUAACUCUGCUGCUGAAAGGAGAACAGUUCGGGUCUAACUUCGGUUAUGAAGUGGCUAGUGCUGAUGUUAAUGGAGAUGGAUUGCCUGACUUACUAGUCGGAGCACCAUUCUACUUCUCUCGAGAUGUGGGCGGAGCUGUCUACUUAUACCUGAACGUGAACUCAAGUCUUCACCAGGAAUACAACGUUAAAUUAACUGGCAAACAGGAAUCCCAAUUCGGUAUAGCCAUCGCAAAUGCUGGAGACUUGAACAAAGAUGGAUGUCAGGACAUUGCCAUAGGCAGUCCCUACGAAGGCAACGGUGUUGUAUACAUUUAUAUGGGAGAUAGAGAAAAAGGAUUGAAUACUAAACCUGAUCAAGUAAUUGCUGCAGAAUCUUUACCAGUUCUUAUGAGAACCUUUGGAUAUGCAUUGUCCGGGGGAGUUGAUUUAGAUGCUAAUGGAUACCCUGAUUUGUUAGUUGGCGCUUAUGAAAAUAGCAGCGUAGCCUUAAUCAGAACACGACCGAUCAUCGACAUCAAGACUUCGAUCCGACCAUCGAACACUAUCAUCAACAUCGACCCCACGAUCCACGGCUGCGACCGUGACCCCAGUUCCAACUACACUUGCUUCCACUUCCAAGCCUGCUGCAUCAUCGAGUCCCUAGUCAAAAGCUCACAAUCUACUACCCACCGUCUCAACUACGUCAUUGAAGCCGAAACCUUCCCUGGUGGAAGGAAAUACUCCAGAGUCUUCUUUGAUUCUGAUAAGAGUAAUAUUGUUAACAGAACUAUUAUGCUUGGGAGAGAUGUUGAAGACUGUAGAGAACAUAUCGUGUAUUUGAAGAAUAAUACUCGUGAUAUUCAGACUCCGAUUAAGUUCCAAUUGACCUACAUGCUAGUGCAUGCUGAGCCACGGUACUCUCCUUCUGGCACCUUACCCGACGUGGACCAGUACCCAGUAUUGAAUGCCACCGCCAGUUCCAUGUUCACUGCCAACUUCCUCAACGACUGCGGAACGGACGCCAUCUGCAUCAGUGACCUCGUUGUGGACCCUAAACUGUUAUUGCCAUUGACUAAAGACAACAAGAGUUACGCUCUAACGUUGGGCCAAGAGGAAGAGAUCAAACUUUCGAUUUCGGUGGACAACUACGGAGAGUCUGCUUACGAGACACAGCUGUUUGUCACCCACCCUCCCAGUCUACAUUAUAUCGCAGUCAAUAUAAGUGACAAACACGUUAUCUGCACAAGUUUUAACAAGACGACUGUAACGUGUAUGUUGGAAAAUCCUUUCAAAAAGCAAGCAGAUGGUUCUCCUCCAAUCACGAUGCGUUUCGAUGCGCGGGCGCUGGAAGAUAAUGACCAAUCAGUGAUAUUCACCGUGUGGGCUAACUCCACGUCUAAGGAACUGCAUCCUGGGAAGAGGCCUGUGGAAGUCGAAGCUCUGGUCAUUAAGAAUGCUGAGUUGCUAAUUAAGGGUGUGGCGCGUCCCGAACAAGUGUUCUAUGGCGGUGGAAUAAAGGGAGAGUCUGCUAUGACGUACUUUGAUGACAUAGGAACCAGGGUCGUCCAUACUUAUCAGGUGUUCAACGAAGGUCCAUGGCACGUAUCGUCAGUGCAGGUGGUGAUACAGUGGCCUCACCAGCUUGCGUCUGACACGGCGCAAGGAAAGUGGCUGCUGUACCCUGAAGAUGUGCCUACUGUUGAUGGAGAAGCCGACCAAAACGGAGAAUGUUUCGCCCGAGAAAUCAAUCCUCUAAACCUGACCACUCGACCGGGAGCCCCAGAGCCUCUGGAGAACUUAGAAAUCAAUCCAUUCCUAACGACUGGCAAGCUGAGCGUCAGUUCAAACGAGAAGACUCACAACGAAACUAGAAGAAAAUACGUGGAGUAUUCCAGUUCUAGUUCUUAUACUAGCAGUAAUAAAGUACGACGGAAACGAGAUGAAGAUGCUGUUAAGGCUGAGGCCUAUACGGAUAGGAAACAUGUAAUUAAUUUGAACUGCCAACAAAAAACAGCAAAAUGCAUUCAGUUCCAAUGCGUGAUCUACAAGCUGGGUCGUAUGAAGACGAGUACGAUCAGUGUGCGCGCGAGACUGUGGAACGUCACUCUGGUGGAGGAGUUCGCGAGGGCAGCGAGAGUGAACAUCGCCUCCACCGCGUACAUCAGCAUUCCUGCUCAUUUCAAUAUACACCAAAAUAAGCAGAGUGAUGAUAGGACAACGGUGGAGACAGUCGCAUAUCCAGACUUGAAGAUAAGCGAACCAACGGAGGUCCCGCUGUGGGUGAUCAUAAUAUCAGUUAUAGUGGGACUAAUAGUGUUGGUGUUGCUCAUCAUUGCGUUGUGGAAGCUGGGCUUCUUCAAGCGCAGUCGGCCGGACCCGACGUUAUCCGGGAACUUGGAGAAGAACAACCACGAGGCCAGUCCCUUCAUCGGCCGUGAUAGGAACAGUGUUCGAUAGCCUUCGAUGUUCCACGUGAUACACAGAACGCUACCCAGCGACAACGCUGUCCAAGUGUAAAUACAAACGACUAUUGUGCACAAGUAUUUAGUAUGUAAUAUCUCUGACUGUGAUGUCUUCUUAGAGGAAUUUGUGUGUAUGUGAUGAAGUUAUGUUCUGUUUUGUUGAUGUUGAUGCACGAUGCUAUAGCUCUAUUGUUUUAUUUUUAAUUGCAUUUCUGUAGCGUAACGUGAACAUGUUUCAGAUUGUUUGUUUAUAUAUUCUGAUGGAUUAAUUAUGUAUUAUUUACCUUUAUAUUUUUUCUGUAAAUACGUACUUGCCUUUAUUAUUUAUGAAUAGUUUAAAUGUCUACUUAAUUUGACUAGAUUUUUCACUAGUCACAAAAUGUAAUAAUGUUAUAGUUUACGUGUAGGGUAUAGUGGUGUAUUGUCCUUAAUAUACUUAAGUCAAAUCGGUCACAAUUGAUUUUGGACACUAAAACUAAUGAAUAAUGUUCAAAAGAGCUUUUAAAAAGUCCUGACAGGUACUUAAAUAUUUAAUGACUUUUACAAUUUAUAUUUUAAUAGAAAGUUCACAUUUCAUAAUUUUAUCGAGCAUGAAUUAUUGAAUGAAGUGCUAAAAUGAAUUUGUUAUAUCAACUAGGUAUAAUUGUAAGUAUUAUAUUGUAAAUAUUAUUGUUUCCAUGUCACUAGAUUUUUUACAAAAUUUUCUAUUGCAAGUAGAGGCAUAUAUUUUACACAUUCUUCUUAUAAAAUCGCCCAGUAACACUGCCAAUUAUCCCAUCACCUAGUACUUUACGAACCUACUUUUUAAUAAAUUUUGUCUACCUAAAUAACACUGGUUGUGAUUAUUUCUGUUAUGAACUACAUACCUACUUAAUAGUACAUUUUAGAUUGAAUAAAAUUGUGCCAUUUUGA